CCCCCGAAAUCGGAAAAUCUCGAGUAAAGCAACGAGCGGCAUCACAGGAGCGGGACACGAUCCCGAGCAGUUGCAACGACCGAGAACCUUCGCGUUUCAUGGCCGCUCCCGCCGUGGAGAGCUUCGCUGUAGCGGCGCUCCGCUCCGUCAUGGUCCGAGUCCGUCAAGCGGCCGAGCGAUCCGGCGCGCGUGCCGAGAACGUGCGCGUCGUGGCCGUUUCGAAAACCAAGCCGGUCUCUCUUAUUCGCGAUGUCUACGACGCGGGUCACCGUUGUUUCGGCGAAAAUUACGUGCAAGAGUUCGUCGAGAAAGCUCCGCAGCUGCCCGAGGACAUUGAGUGGCAUUUCGUGGGGCAUUUGCAGAGCAACAAAGCCAAAACGCUUCUCUCUGCAGUUCCAAAUUUGGCAAUGGUUGAGGGCGUGGACAACGAGAAAAUUGCUAACCAUCUUGAUCAUGCCGUUUCAAGCCUUGGAAGAAAUCCAUUGAAAGUCUUGGUCCAAGUGAACACCAGUGGAGAAGUAUCUAAAUCUGGUGUGGAGCCUGCAAAUUGUUUGGAGCUUGUGAAAUACGUCAAAUCGCGGUGCCCCAACUUGGAAUUUUCUGGCUUAAUGACAAUAGGGAUGCCAGACUACACAUCAACUCCAGCGAAUUUCCAGACACUUUCAAACUGUAGAACAGAGGUUUGCAAGGCACUAGGAAUCAAUGAGGGGCAAUGUGAGUUGUCAAUGGGCAUGUCCGGUGAUUUUGAGCAAGCAAUUGAGAUGGGGAGCACAAAUGUGAGAAUUGGUUCCACCAUAUUCGGCCCCAGGGAUUAUUCAAAGAAGCGACCGAAUUAGUGUGCUCUUUACCUGAUACGUGAGUGAAUGACAAUGGUCCGUGCAUGCAACCUUGUAAUUAGUUGAUUAAGGUAUCUUGCAGUUACUUGAUUAAGCGUCUAUUAUUUGGUUGAUCAGAUAUCUACAAUGGCUAGGCCCUUGUAUCUAUGGAUUCUGUAGCCGUUGCUGCAAUACUUAAGCAAUAGAAAAUCAAAAUUCUAGCGAGAGAAAGAUUUGGGCAUUUGAGGAAUACCCACAAGGUCGUUGCGGCUUCUAGACUUCAAUAGGAAUUUUUUCUGAUGGAAAGCAUCUUGGUGAUGCUUCUUAAGUUGCUCUGGAUAGAAUAGAGCGGAGCUACAGGUUAGGAUCAUGACGAUGAUUAUGGAGCUGUAGGUUAUGAUGACAACGAUGAUCACAAUGCAGAAACUAUUAUGAUGGAUGAUGCAGAGGACUAUAAGGCGUUGUCUGCUACAGAAGGACUUGAGUUUGUUUUCCAAUAGCUCAGAAAGCAUGCCAAGCACAGGUAUUGUCACAAUCUGCAUGAGAAUUGAGAAGUGAAACGAAGGUGUAUUUUUUGCACUUUUUCAGU